CCCAAAUUGUCUUCCUCCCACUUCCUCCUUAGCUAUAUAUUUUGCGCAUCCCAGCUCAGUAAACACACUCGCUCUUGCUCUCGCCAUGUGUAACUGGUUGGAAAAUGAAGGACUCUCCAUCUUUGCAAUUUUCGUCUGGCUGGGGAUCAAUGCCUUCCUCUUCGUCUACUUCUACAUUGCCUUCCUCACCGAUCGCUUCUUCUACACCAGGGCCAUCCUCGGAGAUGCACUGCCAUGGGCCAGAGCCUCCGCCGCCUGCUUGAACUUCAACUGCUUGCUGAUCCUGCUGCCUGUCUGCCGAAAUCUGCUUUCCUUCCUCCGCGGCUCUGUCCAAAGAUGCAGUCGCCACGCAGUCCGCCAGCUGGACAGAAACCUGACUUUCCACAAGCUUGUAGCUUACAUGAUAGCGCUACAUACAGCAAUUCAUAUCCUGGCCCAUUUGUUCAACUUUGAGAGGUUCAUGGAUGCCCAGCUCGACAGCAACAACACCUUGCCUUAUGUGCUGUCCCAGAUUGGGAAUGGAGACAAUAGAUCCUUCCUGAACCCUAUCAGAACAGCUGAUACCAAUCCAACUUAUGUGAUGUUCACCACUAUUGCUGGCCUGACUGGAGUGGUCAUUACUUUGGCUCUGAUCCUAAUGAUUACGUCAUCCAUGGAUGUCAUUCGGAGGUCAUAUUAUGAAGUCUUCUGGUUCACCCAUCAUCUCUUCGUCAUCUUCUUUAUCGGCCUGGUACUCCACGGAGUCGGGCGCAUUGUGCGAGGUCAAACCGCUGAGAGUCUCAGUGAACACAAACCAAAAGAGUGCUUUCAGCACUACCAGACCUGGGGUGAAAACAGCACCGUUUGUCCCGUGCCAAACUUUGCUGGAAAUCCACCAAUGACAUGGAAGUGGGUGGUGGGCCCAAUGUUCUUGUACGUCUGCGAGCGACUGGUGAGGUUCAUCCGCUCACAGCAGAAGGUCGUCAUCACAAAGGUGGUGAUGCAUCCUUCAAGAACCCUGGAGCUUCAGAUGAGGAUGAAGGGCUUCAAGAUGGAGGUGGGCCAGUACAUUUUCCUGCAGUGCCCCUCCAUCUCCCAGCUGGAGUGGCACCCAUUUACGCUGACCUCUGCCCCGGAAGAAGACCACUUCAGCGUGCACAUCCGCAUCGAGGGUGACUGGACAGAAGCGUUGUAUAAGGCGUGCGGUGGCGACAAGAAAGAGGUGCAGGAAGCCUGGAAGCUACCAAAGGUGGCAGUAGACGGGCCGUUCGGCACUGCCAGUGAGGACGUCUUCCGCUACGAAGUGGUCAUGCUGGUGGGCGCUGGCAUUGGCGUGACCCCGUUCGCCUCCAUCCUCAAGUCGGUGUGGUACAAGUACGUUCAUGAGAAUGCCAAAGUGUUCACCAAAAAGAUCUACUUUUACUGGGUGUGUCCCGACACUCAGGCCUUUGAGUGGUUCGCUGACCUGCUGCAGUGUUUGGAGAGACAGAUGGCAGAAAAAGGUUCUCCUGACUUCCUCAGCUACAACAUUUAUCUGACCAGGUGGAAGGAAAAAGAGGCGGCCCACUUCAAUGUUCACCACGAAGCAGAAAAUGAUCCCAUCACUGGACUAAAACAGAAGACUUUGUAUGGGAGACCCAACUGGAACAGUGAGUUUAACUCCAUUGGCGCAAACCACAAAGGGUCAAAAGUUGGGGUGUUCCUCUGCGGGCCGCCACCGCUGGCAGACUCCCUAAAGACGCAGUGCAACACCCAUUCACAGUCGGAGGUCAAAUUCAUCUUCAAUAAGGAGAACUUCUGAUGCCUCGUGACUGUAAACACGCUGCUCCAACUGACCACCAUUUCCUAUAGUUUCUCAAUGGCCAGCACACCUGUGGUUCAUUGUUUAACUGGCAGAAGUAGCACAGAAGUACGUUAGACACUGAAGCAAGAACAAUUCAGGCAGAAAACUAGCAUUUACUGCGUCGCAAAAGAAGGGCAGCAAAGAUCCAAAUGGCGAGUGCCUGCUUUAGGUUGUCAGUAUUUGUUUUGAAAUCACAAAGAACUUUUAUACACUGUAAAAUCAAUUUUGGAGCUGUUAUCACAAUCUGAGCAGUUACUGUAUUACUCUACCCUUUAAAUGCAUUGGAGCAAUUUUGGAAAGAACAAUUCAUCUAAUUUCUGUACAUCAGAAAAUUUCAAAGCAAGUUUUAGACAGUAUAUCAGUGCGAUAGGAAAUUUUCACUUCUUUCAAACCACUGCGCACUGGGAAGUACGCAUUAGCUCAAUUUUCAUUUUGACAUGCCGUUUAUUUGCAUUCUAGGAUUUCAAAAUGUCUUGCAAAACACAUUUAGAAAUUGUCUAGUUCUCUAAUGCCUCUGCAUGAUAUUCAGUGUGUGAAAAUCACUGUUCCCUUUUCCAGUAGUUAAACGCUUUUCUCAAUGUGGAAUUUCCAAUAUUGUGAAAUAGUCUGCUUUGAAUACAAUAAGCUGAUUCAGACUGGUAACCAAUUUGGAUGGAAGUUCUGUGAUCGCUAUUUGACCCAGACUAUAUCGUAAAAUGUCUGCAUAAUUCAUAAUGCAAAAGUGACAGGUGUUUUCUCGUUGAUCAGACGUUCCCAUUGUUCUGCAUUGUUUCACCAGCCUACCUAAGGCAGUUUUGCGACUCCACCUGAUUGGUCGGACUGAAUGACUGGGUCCUGAAUUGACUCCUCUGCUUUGCUCAUUUAGUUUGUCAGUAGAUGUUUUUUUAUCAUUUGCAAUGAAAAAUUAUAAAAGUAUGCAAAACCCAAAA